AUGUCCCGUUAUGAUGUCUCCGUGAGAUCAUCAUCCAUGGCGACAACUAACGGAAAAUCAAAAAAUAGUGAAGGCAGGACGGCGCCAAUGUCGUCUAUGGAUCCAUCAAGUCUGGCGAGGUUGGGUUGCGAUUGCUUCUUUGCCCUCUCGAAUGUGGUUGUCCGAAAGGCAUGUUGUUCAGUGGGUGUUGUCUUGCCCUUUUAUUCUACGUUCAAGGCCAUUGAAGCAAGGGAUGAAAAUGAAGAACAUAAAUGGCUCAUGUACUGGGCCGCUUAUGGAUCCUUUAGUCUUGCUGAGGUGUUCACUGAUAAUAUACUUUACUGGUGUCCUUUUUACUAUCAAAUGAAGUUUGCAUUUCUUGUGUGGAUACAACUUCCAUAUGUUGACGGACAAAGCAGCUGUAUAUCAUGA